UUAGCAAUCAAGAUGACACGUUAAGAAUGACAUACGUCUAAUUAUUUGUGUCAGGUAACUUCAACCAAAUCCAGAUGAACCAUAAUCCAACAUGUCACCAUUAACACAAUCUUAAAUUUAGGACUGCAACGUAUCUGUGUAAGAGAUCAAUCAGGCAUUCUUCUUUAUUUAGGUGUAUGAUCGGGAGAUUACUGAGGGAAACUUUACUAAUAAUAAAUGUGUGCUCAAUAUUUGUUCAAACAGAGGAUUUCCUUGAGCUAUACAUUCCAAGGCCAGAGUAUCCGGAGCAGCUCAACGAAUGGUUAAGUGCUGUUCAAGACCAUAAACAUGAUUUCGAUAGUAUUAGGAGUGCAGCUAUCGCAGAUCGAAAAAUGAAAAAACGGGAUCUGCUAAAUUUGGCAUUAGAUGCCGCAAACAUUGAAGAUGAGAUUGGAAGUUUGGACCAACAGCCCACAAAUGACAUUUAUCCGUAUAUGUACAGAAUCAACAAAAAAUCAACAAAAACGAAAUUCGAAGAGCCAGGAUCAGAAAACACCUUUCACAAAACAUAUAGGAGUCCAUUAAGGUUACGCAGGGAUUCAUACAGAGCAGAUCUGGGCGAAAUCAGUAAAAUAGAUAUAAAACCAAAAGGAUCUAUCGGAGAAAUAAAACGGUCAGAGAGUAAAUAUCCAGAAAGUAGGUAUGUGAGAUCAAAAUUGGAGGACAACAAAGACAAUUUUAAAAGCAAACGUGACAUAAAAAUUGAUGUCCUUAGUGAUGGCAAACUGGUAAAGGAGAUAAAGAGUGGGGGUGGCGCAGAAUCGGUCAUGUUGAAUAUACAGUCAGUGACUGAUACUGAUUUGAUGUCAACUUUCAACACGGAGAAUUUCCAGUUUAAUGAUACGGAUGCUGUCACGGAUUUGGUGAAGUCAGCUGGUGUUGGUGUCAUUGGGAAAGCGGCUAAGCAACCAGUUGCUGGUUCUGGUUCGCUACGAAUACAAGGAGGUCAAGAAACCUUCAGAAACAAAAACGAUAUAGUUUCAGAAGAAGCUGGAGAAUCGGGGAUAAUAAAACAAAGUCCAGUUGUGGAAAAACUAAAACAAAGUGACCCGAAUUUUAAAAAUCUUUUCAAUGAAAACGACAUACUUAAUACAGAUAUCAGCAUGGCGAAAGAUUCAUUACUAUCUUCUACAAUAUCACAAAUGGACUUAAUCCAUGCAGCCAAUAUAAACCGUCAGCAACAAAAUGCUGCGAAUGUAUUACGGAAAAAUCAGCAAAAUCCAUAUAAAUAUUAUACUUCAUUCACAAAUAAUGGUCUCGAAGACAUGAGCAAAUUUUGGUCUCCAACAGAAAAAGGUUUGAUGCAAGCUGGUAUACAAAUCGCCCAAGGAUUGACAGACUCUAAGUCCGACUCAGAAGGAUUCGAAGAAGUAACUAGUAUCAUUAUUGACAAUAAAGGAGAUAAAGGUGUCAACAGCAAUAUGAAAUACCCAAACAAGAGACAGUUAGAUGACUACGCCUCAAAAGUGCUUGGAAAAGGAUAUGUCGUGAAAGGAAAUGAUUUAGUGAGACAUCUGACUUACAUACCAGCAGUACCAAACCGUGAAGGCAUUGCUGGUGGUGAAAUAUCCCUUUACACUAACGAUGGAGUGCCUGUGUCUCCUACUGAAGAACAACUCGUUAAUCUUGAUUCAUUUGAAAGUCACGCGGAGAUUCCGAAUUCAGUAGAAGACCCAAGCAGUGCGCACGAAGUAUCUCCUGGAUUUGCUGAAGGUAAUAACCAAGGGGUUCCUUCUGUUUUGAUGGAGCAGGAUCUCCCAUCCCAAAAUCAAGAUAUGCCUAAACCGGCAGUUAACUCAAAUGUAAGAGUAUCCAUAGCGCCAAUACAGCAUGACAGUGAUAUAGUUAUGUCCACUGAAUCACAAAGUGGAGUUACUGAAUCAGCUACGCUUAGAAGAAGGAAGGACAAAUAUUUUAUAGGACAUCAAGUGGUUACUGAGAUAGAGAUCAUCAAAGAGCUUGGACCUGAUUUGGAUGCAGAGUCUAGAGGUACAGUGAAUAUGUUGAUGAAUAUGAAAGGGAAAGAGAAAGAAGCAGAAAACAUCCCAGAAGGUAUCAAAGGCGAACUUAAAAUGUCUGAUCCGAACCAGGGAGAUGCAGAACGCAACGAGGAAGACGUUACGUAUUUAGAUUUAGGAACUAAUGAUGAAAAUAAGCAACCGGGACCUGUCGAAGAAGUUCCUGAUAACAGCAAACACAAAGAAGCAUUUGAGGAACAUCAUGAAUACUCUGAUGAAAAACACGUCGAUAAUAUAGAACCACCGCAUGAUGGAACUGUUAAUGAGGUACCCGAGCAUUUACAUGGAGAGUUAGGAAUAAAGGUUGAAAACAAGCAGUCGGGAACUGUUGAAGAAGCUCCUGAUAGCAUCAAGGACAAAGAAAAAUUUGAUGGACAUCACGAAUCGUCCGAUGAAAACCAUGUUGAUAAUCUGGAACAACCAAAUCAUGAGACUGUCAAUGAAGCAUACGAGCACGUACAUGAUGAGUUAGGAGCAAAUGAUGAAGACAAGCAAACGGGAACUGUUGAAGAAGCUCCUGAUAACAGUGAACACAAAGAAACAUUUGAUGAAUAUCACGAACCAUCUGAUGGAAAACACGUCGAGAAUCUAGAACAAUCGAAUCAUGAGCCUAUCACUUUUACAUGCAAGCAGGUACAUGAAGAGAGUGUCACUAUGCAUCACAAUCCUGGACAAAUUGAAGGCAACUCUGGAGAGGCUGAGAUAAAUAGUCCUGAUUUGUUAAACACUGAAUUCAAACAUAAUGAAAGAAUUGCAGGAAAGUCUGGCCAUGGAAGCAAGUUAGAAUCCAAUGAGGCUUCUAAAGUAAAAUCAGAGCAUGGUACUGACCAAAAUCAUGACAUGCCUGCAGGAGAGCUCAAGCAGGUAAAUCAAGAAUCUGAUGAAUCUUGUGAAGAUAAACAAAAUAAUGAGAGCGACAAGCAAUCUGAAACAGGUGAAUUUAAUCACGAAAAUCAAGUAGAAUCAAAAGGUGGCCAGCCAGAUGAGACAGCCGCAGAUGAACAAAAGCAUGGUGGUCAAGCAGACUCUAAAGAGCUUUCUGAGGUAGAACCAUACCAUAAAAGUGACGAAGCUGUUAAUGGGGAACAUUUACAUCAUGGACCAAUGGAAGGAAAUACGGAAUGUGAUGAUACAGAAUGCAAUGGCCUCGAAAAUUCUGUAUUAGCUAAAGAAAAACCUGAUGAUAAUAUGGAAGCUGAACAAAUACUCUCAGGAGAGCAGGGAGACUCUGAAGAUCAUAAUAUAGUAAAUGCUGACCAUAACAUUUCUGGACCCACUGAAGAUGCCGCUGGCAACAAAUUAAAGGAAUCUAAGCAACACGAAAUAGAUAAUACGGGUACUGGGAAAGAGCCGAAGAACAAAUUCGGUACAACAGAAUGUCAGUCAGACCUGGAAGGUACCGUAGAUAUUGAAAAACAAGAGUCUAAUCAUCACUCGCCUACUACAAAAGAAGGAGAAAGAGAAAGUAAAAAUCAUGAAAACAGUGACAACCCUCAAGAUAUAGAAGAAGAGCGAAAUGAUGUUAAGAGGCGGAGGCUCCCGCAUGAUGGAACCCAGGUUAUCGUGAUAAACAAUGCUAGACUUAAGGACGAUGUUCAUGAAGUAGCACCUAAAAUUUUGUCGUUGCCAUCGAUCAGGAAGAAGAAAGAUAAGGUAGAAAUUUCGAAUAAGCGAGGUUAUAAGAAAAAGAGUGGAAUGGCUGAAAAUGCAAAACACACUUAUAGAAAAAAUUCUGUGAGGAGGCCCAGAAACAAAAAGCACCGCAUAUAUCGACUAAAAAGUAGUUACGCAGGGGCAGGUAAGGAAAACAAAUCCUUCCGAUCUAAGAAACACUACAUGGGAAGAGAUCCACCGUCAUUAGAAGCAUAUAGCGUAAAGGAAGGAAACAGGAAAGCUAGUCACAGGAAAACUAAAAAGUUGUCACAUGAAAGAUACAUGGGUAGGAAGUUGAAUGAGAUAAAAGACUACGUUUACGAUCCUUCAAUUGAAAAAUCGGAUGAAGACUAUGAUGUGAACGAUGCGACAGAAAUUAGUGAUGCAACUGAGAAGCGAGAGAGAAACGUCAAAGGAGCUGUUGAAGGCGAUUAUGGAGAUGAGGAAGACUCGAUGACCGAGAAAAAGAAUGGAGCAAAAAAACUGAUUAAGAAAACAAAAAAUGAGUUUGCACGUCCGCACACUACAACUGAAGCAAUCGAUGACAAUUAUUAUGAUGAGAUUGAAAUUAUGGGAGAGGAACAAAGGGUUAAUUCUAAUCAUGAAGAAAAUAGGGGAGAUAUCGCCAUUAAGGAGGUAAAAGCUGCUCUUGGACAGAAAUCCCAAAAAAAAGUAAAGACACGGAAACCAGCUGAGCCAUCAGAGGUGCAAGUCAAAGCUAACAAGGGCAGAAUCACAGUUCGGGAACCAAGGCGGAGUAACUACGCCAAAAUAAAUCCAGAAUUUCAGCAGUGGCCCAAAUUCAUGAUUAGCGACCAAGAAAAUGAAGAAAAUUUGCGUAAGCGAUCGCUGGAAUCAAAAAAGCCAGGAAAACAAAAAAGGGAGAAGUUUAAAAAGUCUCUGAAGGACUUUUUCUUGAAGCCUGUUCCAAAGAAAAGGUUUGAUAUGGGUGGUAUGGAUUUUGGUGGGAUAUCGACGGUCAGUUCUGGUGAAGAUAGAAAGAUGUUUGCCAGUGAUAUGAAAGAACGUGCCACAAGUGUAGAAGGUCUGUCAGAUCUGGAAGGCUUGGGUAAUACAGAUAUAUCAGCUACUGCGAAAACAAUUUUAAAUGAAUGUCACGCCCAAAACAAAACUAUGACGACAAAAGCGAACGCAAACGCUACUACCGAAGCCGACGGAACUACGGCCUGCGCCGAUGAAGCCCUGAAUUCCACAAGACCUGAGUUAAGCACAGUGCUUUCCAUAUUGGAUCAGAGCGAGUUGCAGAAUGAGAUUAGCGGAAAACGUACUGAAAUGCCCAAACUAGAUGACAUGUUGGACGGUCGACUGCCUAGCAUGAUCCGUAGCGAGAUCCUAGAGGAAAUCAAGAAUCAUGAGAAAUUGAACAGGUUUCAGACACAUUUGAAGUCAUCGAGGACCGUACUUAAUCAAACAGAGACCAAUAGUUUGGAAACCAAGAAACUGUUGAGCUACAUGUCUCAAAUAAUAGAUAGGCUUCAGUUUGCAACCACUUGCCAAGUUUUACCUGUCAACCUUAGGGACUAUCUUAAAGACGUGACCAAUGCGCCUAGAGAUGACGCAUUGAAGCGUCUGAGAGAUAUGGAGGAAAUACAAUUAGAUGAAAACCAAAAUGACGCAAAUAGCAACUACUUAUUCAAAGCUCAUGCACCUAUGGACAAACUGGAAGAUAAGGCCAAAUUAUUGGAAGACCUGCUAGAGAAGUACAACAAACUGCCUGAUCAAUGUAAACCAAGAGCUGAACCAGUUAGAGAGUAUAUUGAAAAUCAUUUGGGCUUGGUCAAUAAGAUGCUGGAUGGGCAAGAUAACACUAGCAAAAAGACUGUAAGGCGAGUAAAGGAUUUCAAAAGAUCUCGAACAGAGUCAAGGAAGUCAGAAGAUUUGAUAGAACAGCAGCUAGAAAGUCUUGGUCUUGGUAAAUCGAAGUCUUUCAAAGCAAAUUUCGAUUUGGACGACCUUGUUUCUCGCCACAGACGUCAAAAGUCUAUCUUGUUUGAAGACGAAGAUACGUCAGAGAAUCAGCCAUACAAUGUCCAAGAAGACGGUAGAACGGUGUCAGUCAAGUAUAACAGGCUUUCAGAUGCAAUACAACAUUCGAAAGAGAAACACAAAAAGGAACAGACCCUAGCUAGAGUGUAUGGUGGACCAAGCCUGGACUACUACAAUGAGAGCCCGAAAGAGAAAAGAGAAGCUAGCAACUACAACUUUGAGACGCCUUUAGUUUAUAGUUUAUAGUAUACUUAUAGUUUUAUCGUAUUUUACAGUGAAUAUACCAAUUUACAACGUACAA